UUUAUUGUGGGGGAAAGCGUUUAUUGUGGGGGAAGUUGUGAAGUAAGAAAAAGCACACGAAGCGUGAAGGAAGGGAAGCAGAAUCAGCGAUGGCGAGAAACUGGUUGUUUCGAUCUUUGGCUCUUCGACAUGCGAUAAAGAAUAGUGUUCGGCCGAUCUUCUUCAACGCUCACCACCGCUAUCUCUCAGUCCCACCCAAACCAUCUCUCUUUGCCACCGCAAUUGCUUCCUCUCAACUCUCUCUCCUCCCAUCCUUCCACCACUCCCGCUCCCUCUCCUCCGCCGCAGGUUCUUCUGAUGUUGUACUUGUUAAUUCAGAGGAAGAGUUCAACAACAUCCUUACCAAAGUCAAAGAUAACUCGUUGCACGCUGUCUUCUAUUUCACUGCGGUUUGGUGUGGACCUUGCAGGUUUAUUUCUCCUAUAGUUGGGGAGCUCAGUAAGAAGUAUCCUCAUGUGACAACAUAUAAGAUUGACAUCGAUCAGGAAGCAAUUCAAGGCACAUUGGGCAAAUUGCAGAUUACAUCUGUGCCUACACUUCAUUUCUUUCAGAAUGGGAAAAUGGCCGAUGUUCUUGUAGGUGCUGAUGUUGCACGAUUGACCAAUAUUACAGAGAAACUCUUCAAGAAGAACUGACUUUGAUUGAGGUGAGAAUGUUGCUGAAUGGACGAUGAAGUACAGAAUGAUUAAUUGUAGCUGCUUAGAAGACCAAGGCACCCCCUCCUUAUUGUCUGGUUGGCAUAGUAUUGGAAGUGUAACCUACCUUCAUCAUUUGAUUGUAUUUUUAAAAUUUCCAUCUCAGAAAAGAGAGAAUAUUGAGAAGUUGGAGAUUCUUAAAAAUUAUCAUUCUAUAUUAAAACUUAA